AGAGAAAAGUGCAGCUCAGAGAGACACAGGAGGGGAGAACGAGGCUCUCGGCGUCAGAUCUCAACUCGGGAGCCCCCCCGGUCGGUCGGUCGGUACUCAUGCGCGCGCGCGCAGUCUUAAUAAAGACAAGAGGAGGAACACCCCCCGCCCUCCCAGCUAGAGAAGCCCGAAGGGAGAACCGAGACGCCGAGAGACGGAUGCAACAGUCGGCGAGAUGCGACGCGCCAAUUAGCGGACCGCGCGUGUUCAUUAAGCAGCCGCGGCGGGCCAGGGUGCGGGGUGGGGCGGGGUGGGGGGCUCGAGUGCGCCGUGUAUGUGACCAACUAAGACGCACCACCGUGGGAUGAUCGGCGGCGGCGGCGGCGACGGCGGCGGCGGCGGCGGCGUUGACUGAGUGAGCAUGCAUCGGAUCGCGCCGCGGCGGCGCAAGCUCCGGGCGCUGUGGGCUUCGCUGGCCCUGCUGGCACUGUCCGUGGCAGCCUGCAGCGCGCUCUUCACGGCGUGGACUUGGCGCCAGACGCGGGACCUGUCCCAGUCCUUCCACAUCCUCCAGGAGCGCCUCGAGCAGGUCAACAUGCAGCGGAAGGCCAUUGUGCAGCUCAUACUGGAAAAGCGGGAGCUGCUGGUCGGCCAGAGAGUCAAGCGAGACGGGGCAACGCUGCGCGGGAAGCACGGAAACGGCAAGAAAGCGGCGUCUCAUUUUGAGAUCACCAAAGUCUCCUCUCAGCAAGUGGGCGAAGGCGGCGUGAUCAAGGGCUGGGAGGAACGCGCGCUCAACAUGAGCAAAGCCGUCAGCUACGACAAGGAGGAAGGCACCUUUGUGGUGGAGAGGCCGGGCGUCUACUUCCUCUUCUGUCAGGUUCUAUUCAACGAGGAGAAGUCGCAGUACGUUAAGCUGGAUGUGGUGACCGGUGGCCAGAGGCCCCAGAAGCUGCAGUGCAUGGAGGGCUACGGGACCACCCCGUCGGCCGGGCCGCACCCAUCGCACUUCCUCAAGCCCUGCCAGGUGUCGGGGCUCCUGCGCCUGGACAAGGGCGCCCGGCUGCACGCCGUCACCGGACCUUCCUUCCGCCUGCACACGUUGGGCAACCCGUCGGCCUCGCCUCACAUCUUCAGCAUUUUCAAGGUCAACUGACGACGGGGGGGGCAACUGGAGCCCCUCCCUCUGCAUUCGCCCCCAGAGGGGGGGAACUGUAGCCCCUCCGCAAAGGGGCAGGGGGGAACUGUAGCCCCAUCUGUAAAGGGGGAGAACUGUAGCCCCUUCCUCUGCAUUGGUCUCCAAAGAGGGGGGGGGGAGGACUGUGGCCUCUCCCUCCGCAUUGGCCUCCAAAGGGGGGGGGGGGGGGGAACUGUAGCCCCUCCGCAUUCACCCCCAGCGCCCCUUCUUCCCACGGACGAUCCUUUUUUGGGCAAAGCCAACGGUGUGCGGACGCCGUUUAGCCGGCGACGCGACCCGGCCAAGGGGGCGGACGAGAACCGGAAGGAGACUGGGCUUCCGCGUUUUGGGCCGUGCUGUGCAUAACCUGGGAACUUUUUGGACAUCGCAAAGAUGGGAUUUUUUUCUUUAACAAGCCUUUUUGUAACAUGAAAAUGGACUGCUUAAUGCAUUUUUUUUUCCCUUGGAGUAGUCACUCUGUACUUUUUCUUGCUAUUUUUGCUAUCUGUCGUUUCAAAGACUCAACCGCGAGUUUAUUGUCUGGAUCAUCCGGUGGAACAAAAGGAAAAAAAAUCAUUGACAUGUUCAAAAUCUCAUUGGGGCUACAAAGACAUGGAGCGCUGUGUUCCAAAAUACAAUGUGGCUUGUUUUCCUAAAUGGACUCUCAAUAGGGUUGAAGUCAGGGGAUGGUGACCCUGCUGCUACCCUGAUGUCAAAGCCUAUAUGCAGCAAAAGAUUCAUUGGUGUCUAAAACAAGUUGGCAAAACAAGCUUUUUAUUUGUUUAAAAAAUAAAAACUCGCAAUGUUAAGAGAAUAAUGUUGACUAAAGUUACAAUUUGAAUGAGAAUAAAAUCAGAUUUUUUUCAGGAACAAAAAACGGAUCUAGUUUAGGAAAACGGUCGUAUUUUGGAGGAAAAAGUCACAUGCUUGAGCAUCCAGACAGUGGAGGAGGAAAAAAAAAAAAGUCUCAUUUUGAGAUUACAAUCAACACGAUUUUUUUUAAAGCAAAAUAGACACUCGUAAGAAUAAAGACAAAAAGACAAAUUAGCCGUGCAUAUAACUUCAAUCUCUGCAUAAUAAUUUGGAACACAGAGUCAGCCACAUUCCAAUCAUGUUUUUCCCCAGCAAAACUGCUAAUGGGAGAACAAGCGAGCGCCAAGCGGGCCGCGCCGCGCCGCGCCGCGCCGUCCGUCCGUCCGCCUUGCGCAAGUCCAACAAGUGUGUUAUUUGCAGCCGCGCGCGGUUGCCUUUUUGUUUAUGAGUCGUUUUUGUGGGCUGGCCGCAUGGCUUUGCUUGCUUUGCCUGGGGCACUCGGGUUCCUAACCCUUGCCAGCGUGUUGCAAAAAGGAACGUGGCACUAUUUUCAUCCUCUUUUCAUUUCCUCACCCGACCGCCUGCCCGCCCGCCGUCGUCCGUCCCCCUCAAAGUAAGCCCCCCUGGCUGCCUCACAUUUCCCCCUUGUCAGCACACACGCUCGCUCGCUCGCUCGCUCCACCAAAGCCGCCCGCCAUCUCCAUUUUCACUUCCUCAUGCAAAGCUGGAACAUUGCCGCACGUACACACACGCACACACGCGCACACACACCCACACACACACACUUCCUUGCUCGUAUUUCAAUUUUGCUAAGGGUCAAAGUUGACGUGUCGGUGCCUUGUGAGCCUGGAUGGAUGCUUUGCGUUUAGGGGAGGGCGGGGCAAACCAAAAUAAGCCAAUGCAGGGUCAUUUUGGGGAAGCCCCUUCCCACUAAACGUUUUAAAUACGAUAGUUACAUUGAUAUUGUAUACGGGCUAUACAGGUCAAGUCAUUCGUAAAAAAAUGUAAAAAAAAAAAAAAAAGCAUUGUGAUUGUAAGAUAUGUGAUUGAAAUAAAUUUGCUUCGUCAUUCUCAAAUUGAAUCUGUCAUGUA